AUGUCAACAGGCCUAGGUCUAUUCCAUUGGCCCAUCUCCAGCAUCUAUAAUUUGUUAGGAAUCAAGAAAAUAUAUGAGAUGAAGCUACAGCAUGCACGAGCAGCUGAAAUUCUAAACUUAGUUUGUGAGAAUCUGAUAUAUUUGGAUAAAGAAAAGAAGAAAAUGGUUGGAAAAGCACUGAUGUCUGCAUGUCGAAAUGAGAAUGUCGAGUUUUUGUUGCGAGUAAGGAAUGCAAACACAGAAUUGAUAACGCUAAUUACUUUUGGUGGGCCAGACUUGCCCAUUGUCUUCGAUGCUGUUAAAUUUCGUAGAGCUGAGAUUUUCAACCUCCUCCGUGGUUUUCGCUUUAACAAUGUGGCGGCGACAUUACUUGAUUGCGAGAACUCAAAUACCUUGCUGCAUGUGGCAGCCAUGUUAGCUCCUUCUUUCUACCUUGACCGCAUCUCUGGUGCUGCAUUGCAGAUGCAAAGAGAGAUGCAAUGGUUCAAGGCCGUCAAGGAUCUGGCGGAUACUGGAGAGAGGCUAGUUCUAAACAAGGACUGGUUGACGCCUCUAGAGUAUUUCAAAAAAAACCACAAAGAGCUAAGGGCUGAUGGAGAAAAAUGGAUGAAGGAAACAGCGUCUUCUUGCUCAGUUAUUGGGGCUCUAAUUGUUACCAUCAUGUUUGCUGCAGCUUUAACAAUUCCCGGAGGGAACAAUCAGAAUUCAGGGUACCCAAUGUUUAUGAAGGAGAAGCUAUUUAAAGUCUUUUUAAUUUCAGAUGCACUUUCUUUGUUUUCUUCCACAACUUCUGUGCUCACAUUUUUGGGAAUCCUCACGUCACGCUAUGCAGAUGAAGACUUCCUUUUCUCGUUACCCAGAAAAUUGAUAAUAGGUCUUUCUACACUGUUUCUGUCUAUUGCAACUAUGAUGAUUGCCUUUUCAGCAACAAUAAUGAUCAUGUUGCAAUAUCACUCAUCAAGUUUAUGGGUUAUUCUUCCUGUUCCUCUACUUGCUAGUGUUCCUGUAACCCUCUUUGUAUUAUUACAAUUCCCUCUUCUUGUUGAAGUAUUCUGGUCUACUUAUGGUCCAGGCCUCUUCAAGAAGGAAAAGAAUUGGCCAUGA